AUGCAUCUUCGUGGAGUUUUCCGUGCGGCAAAACUGCCAAGAGGCCAAGGCGCGAUCGGCACCAAGUGGGUGUUCAAGAUCAAGCGCAAAGCGGAUGGAUCGGUCGAGAAAUACAAGGCGCGUCUCGUUGCCAAGGGCUUCAAGCAGAAGUACGGCAUCGACUACACAGAGACGUUCUCGCCCGUGGUCAAGUACGUGACACUGCGUAUGGUGAUCGCGAUCACCAAGUAUUUCGACUGGCCACUGGACCAACUCGAUGUGGUGACAGCCUUUCUCUACGGAGUGAUGAAGGAGAAGGUGUACUGCGUGAUACCAGAAGGCGUCGAGAUGGAUGGCGACUUCGACUGUCUCGAGUGGGUGAAGGCGAUCUACGGUCUCAAGCAAGCUUCACGUGUGUGGAACGAGACUUUCGACGAGUUCGUAUGCUCCAUCGGUUUCGAAGCGUCGGCGUUCGACCCAUGUCUCUACAUCAAGGUUGUCGACGGUCACUGUGUGCUCGUGCUGGUCUACGUGGAUGACGUGUUGGUCACCGGCAGCUCGCUCGAGUUGAUUGCGCAGACGAAGGCCGACCUCAAGACGCGUUUCGAGAUGACCGACAGUGGCAAGUGUACUUUUGUACUGGGCAUCGAACUGGUGGACGAAUCGGAUGGCAGCGUGACAAUGUGCCAGCGACGGUAUGUCAACGACAUCCUCAAGCGCUUCGGCAUGGAUGAGUGCAAGGCCACAGCAAGUCCGGUCGACUUGAGCACUCGGCUUGUCGCAAGCACCGAAGCGGCCAAGAUCGACGUUCCGUUUCGUGAAGCUGUGGGAGCUUUGAUGCACUUGACGACUGCGACGCGCCCGGACAUUGCGUAUGCUGUGGGGUACGUCUCGCGCUUCAUGGAGAAUCCGCAGCAAGAACAUUGGACGGCGGUGAAGCGCAUCUUUCGUUACUUGCAAGGGACCAAGUCGCACGGACUCCGCUUCCAGCCAAGCGACAAGAUCGACUUUCGUGGCUACUCGGACGCGGACUGGGCCGGCGACCACGCUGAUCGCAAGUCGACUUCGGGUUACACUUUCAUGCUGAUGGGUGCUCCUGUGAGUUGGGGAAGCAAGAAGCAGUCAAGUGUGUCGCUGUCGACGAGUGAAGCGGAAUACAUCGCACUGAGUCUGGCCAUCCAGGAAGGCAAGUGGGUGCAUCGCCUGCUAUGCGAGAUUUUGGCGGCCGCAAACGAACCAGGACCGGACCUCGUCAUCCGUGAAGACAACCAGUCGUGCAUCAAGAUGACGAAGAAUCCGGUGAAUCAUGGCCACGCCAAGCACAUCGACAUCAAGUACCAUCACAUCCGUGAUGAGGUCAAGCGCGGGGAAGUGCAGCUCGAGUAUUGCGAGACUUCCGUGAUGAUGGCGGACAUCAUGACCAAGGGACUUUCGGGACCUCGUCACAAGGACUUGACGACGGCUCUCGGCAUUCGUGCGAGUUCGGAUUGA